AUGACGUCCCCGAUGGCCGACAGAAGAAAGUCAACGGAAACAGUUUCGCCAACUACUUCAAACAGGGCCGAUGAUGACAGAGACAGUACCACAUACAACAAUAGCAUUUUCUCUUCUACACCAAAUCAAGAAAAGAAGGAGACAGAACAACGACCUGAAAUUCUGAGAAGAACUACUUUCGACUACGACUUUGUCGCAAAGAGUGUUUUGUCACCACCACAAGUGCUGGAAAGUUUGGCAAAGCUAAAGCUAAACACUUCGUUACCAGCUGAAUCAUCAUUUCCAUCUUCGGAAAAUCCUUCGGCCCUAAGCUUGAAUUAUGAAUUGAGUUCCGAUUACGGUGUGGAACCAUCCAGAUUAAUCAAACCCCCAUCACGUAUCAGUAUACCAGGAACUAGCUCACAAGGAUACUCCACUGACCAAACAUCUAGCCCAGACGACGAAAAUAGAGCAAUCAUUAAUCCCGACCAAAGCAUAUCCACUUUGUUUGGUGACGACGAGGACUUGAACUCGGUAGCUUCUUCCCGAGCACUCACAAUGGAUGAAGAUAGCUCUUCUCUAUCACUGGAGACUCGCGAAAAUGUGGCAUUGGGGAAGUCGUCGUAUUUGAAUAAUGUUAAUUAUAUAAGGGACCAUUUGGAUUUCUUGAACCAAAAUUUGAAUACCAACAAAUCACCUAGAGGCUCUGAUUCAAAAUACCUGGACUUCGUCAAUAUAUCACCGGACACUAUACCUGGUUAUAAUUUGCUCAAACAAUUUGGAAGUAGUAGUUUUCAAACGAACCUAUUGUACCACGGAAUAAAGGUGGGGAGCACUGACGACGCAAACACAGACAGCUUUUCUUGUAAGUUGGCUGGUGACCAGAGAGAUUAUAUCGAGACCAACUCGAAGGUAGUUUUGAGUAUUUCAUCAAAUAUCUUGAAGAAUAUGUCACUUUCAAGGCUCCUUAAUGAGUGGCACGUUUUGUCGGGUACAAAACCACCAAAGACUCAUCUUUUGUGGUCGAAUGAAACGUUGACCAACCAGUUUAUCACCGAUACCGAGCGACCAAAACUUCAAAAGGACAAAAAGCAUGGUCUAAACACUUUACCAUUGGGAGUUCCAGGUAUCUUAUACCCCGUUGAAAUUUUGACAUUCAGCUUUGUUAGCGAUCAGGGAAUAGAGCUCAAUCGCAAGAAUUUGAAAAAACAAAAGCGUGUUGCAUUGGUUUAUAAUGAUAAUGAUUACAAAUCUUUUCGCGAAUAUAGCUGUGGGACCGCAGAAUUACACCCUGAAAGAAAUUCGUCAACUUCUUCCUAUGGCUCGGGUUCUCGGUCAAUCAAGAGUGCGAACUCCACAUCACAUAAUACACCUAGUGACUCCAUUGAUCAAUCAAAUGGGUUCUUCGGUGGAGUUGGACCUGUUGGAGCCACUAGCUCGACAAAUUCCUUAUUCAACAGGUUGACGGAGCAAGUUUCGAGCAGCCCCAAGACCCCUUUGAAGGUGGUUGAGAUAAUCUCCGAUAUGAUAAAGGUUGUUGAAACCUUGGGCGUUGUGCACGAGCUUGGCUUUGUCCAUAAUGGUAUAACCAGUAUGAAUUUACUUAAAUCAGAAAAUGACCAGAAUGAUGUCAAGAUAACCGGCUGGGAGUUUGCAUUUUGUCAUCUUGAAGAUUGCAUUUAUGGAUAUAGGAAAAACCACUUGAACGAAAUAUCUGACUUGAUCCCUUAUAUGGCUCCCGAAGUUUCUGGUGUUGUCAAUCAAAUGGUUGAUCACAGAUCAGAUUUUUAUUCCCUUGGUAUAGUGAUGUAUGAGUUGUUAUUGGGAACCUUGCCAUUUCAAAGCGACGAUCCCAAUUCCAUUGUACGAAUGCACAUAUUUCAAAAGCCUGUUGCCCCACAUUUGUUGGCACCCAAUUGGAUCUCAGAGAAACUAGGGGCCACCAUCAUGAGAUGCCUUGAAAAAAAUCCACUGGACAGAUACACUGAUUGCUACUCUUUACUAAGUGAUUUGAUUUUGAUUAAAAAUCACUACAUUGAUAGGGUAAGCUCCAUGGGCGAGUUGGUAUGGAAUCACUGGAAAAGGACGGGGGAAUUUGAUGUCUAUCUCAACAAGGAAAAAAUGAAACAUCCCGAAAAAGUGGGUCACACACCAACACUCACGUUUCCAGCGAAAUUUAUAGGCCGCGAUGAAUUGUACAAAAAGAUCUUUGAUGAAUACAAUGACACUUUCGACGGGGGUGUUAACUUGUUUUGGAUAAGUGGUGAAAGUGGUGUUGGAAAAACCAUUAUUUUGAAUGAUAUGCGUGUAGGCGCAUUCUUCAAGUAUGACUUUUAUUGCAUUUGGAAGUUUUCAUGUUCUGAUACAGGAAACUCAAUUUAUCUGAUUCUUUUGGAAGGAAUCAAAACGAUCAUUGGUCAAAUUUUGGAAUGUUCUGAAGAAAUACAAGAUAGUUGGCGAGAUUUGAUUGUCACCAAUAUCCCAUUGGAUUUGAGUAUCUUGUUUUACCUCAUUCCGCAAUUGAGAAAACUAUUGGGUCCGAAAUACAUCUCAAUUUAUCAGCAUAAACUGGGAACAAACUCGCCAGGAGGUGCAAAUAGAGAGGAAGCAACCUCAACUUUGGAAGUCAAGUUCAGAGCAAUUAUAAAAUCAUUUUACAAAGUUGUUGGUUUGCAAGGGUUGACAAUUUUUAUCGAUGAUGUACAUUGGUGCAGUCAAGAAUCGUGGCACCUAUUAUGUGAUAUGUUGAAUUUCGAUGAUGAAGCAGACAUAAGUCAGAUGUCUUUGAAGAUUGUUUCCACUUUCACAACCGAUGCUAAACAAUUUCAAGAAAACAUCAGUAGUGUGGAAAAAGAGAAGCGGUUCAAGAAUUACGUUAAUAGAUCCAACAUGUCGUUACAUGUGUUUGAUGUGCCGAAAGUACCCGGCGAUGCUUACAAAAGUUGGAUUCUGCAAGUCAUCGGCACGAAUUCAUCAUCAGCCAGACACGGAAGUGGCCCCCCACCUGCUCCACAACAAAGUAGCAUGUCUUCAAUGAUCAAUAAGACUACAACUGAAAAGAAGAGUCCUAAAUCUUCAGCCAUGAACACCACGGCAAUUGCUAACGCUUUGAGGUUUUACGAGGCCACUGACGGGAACGUAAUGUUAGCGCAAUAUGCGAUAAGCAUGGCUCGAUUCAGUCAGCAUUGCUUUUAUGUAAAACAUGCAAAUUAUGGCCGAUUUGUUGUGGACAAUUUGUCGAUUGAAAAUUACGGAGCAAGCAAGAGCGAGAUCAUUGAAAACUUUAUCAAAGCUUCUAUCAACUCAGAUAUGAAAAGUUUGCUUGAAUUUGCUGCGAUCAUUUCCCAAGGACCAGGUUUCCACCUCUCUGAUUUGAUUGUCGCUUCUUCUUUGCCGAUGGACAAGGUGUUCAAAACACUUUCACUUUUGGUUGACGCAAAGAUACUUUUGCCUACAACUACAUACUACAAAGUUCCAUUCGAUUUGAUUUGCUCAAGUGAGUCGCCUUUUGACUUGCCGGAUAAUGAUAUAUGGGAGUUGACAUCGCAUUGCAGUUAUAGGUUUUAUUACGAUUCACUCAUUGUCCACAUCAUUGCAGAUUUAGUUGCCACCGACAAAUACAUGGAAUUAUCAAGACUUUGUGCUCUUAGAUAUCACAAAACUGUAAGCAAAGAAAAGAAUUUAAACAUUGGGGUCUAUCUACAAAUGGCGGGAUAUUUUCGCAACUCCUAUCAAGUGGCAAGACAAGAGGAAAAAGAGUUGUAUAUCGAGGUCUUGGUUCAAGCUGGCAGAUAUGCAUCAUCAACCUAUAACAUGAAGUUGGCACAAAAGUUAUUUGAAGUGGUAGGUGAACUUGUUGAUGAGCUUGACUCCAAGCGUCAGCUCAAAUCUAUAUUAACCGUGUCUCAAAAUCACUACUAUUUCGGUGAGUACGACAAGUGUUUGGAGGUAAUGAACAAUGCUCAAAAGAAGUACGGAUUUGACCGCAUUGUUUUCCUAUAUCAAUUGGUUCGAUGUAAAAUUCAAAUGGGUGAUAUCGAGGAAGCAAUUAAAAUAAGUUUCGAAAGUUUGCCUAAACUCGGAAUCACAAUCAGUGAUGAUGAAGAGCAGAACAUCAAAAACUAUCAAACGAUCAAGUCCAAAAUUCCAAUUUCAGUACCCGAUAUUAGAAACAUCCUAAGAGUAAAACCGACAGAGUCUCCAAAGCUUUUACUUAUCUACCAUUUGAUAAGUCAGCUUCUACCAUCAUUGGUUGUUUUUCGCAAGAACGCUAGCAGAAAACUUUUGGUGGUGCAAGCGAUGCAAGCCAUUUACAAACACGGGCCGUCACCGUUUGCUGCUAUGAUCAUCAUUGACUUUGCUUCCGAUUUUGCAAGCGAGUUUACAUCCGCUGGCCAAGUGAGAGCCAAGGAGCUUUGUAAAGUUGCCAUGAUUUUGGUCAAUCAUGCAAGCAACGUAUCGAUUAAUUACUACCGGGAAAUCUAUCAACUUUACGUUUGUACAUUGGCCCUAUAUCUUGAGCCAAUGCCGGCGAUCCUCAAGUAUUACGAGACAGGCUUGGAAAGUACCCAAAAUGAGAUGCUUCUGGGGUUUGGAGAGUUGCGCAUUGUGAUGUCAACAAUUGACAUAUUUCUACUUCUUUUGGGCGGCAAGGCCUAUGAUAUAUCUUAUCUGAUGAAGAGAAGGAAAUCACAGAGACAGAAAUUGGGACUACUGGAUGAACAGAUGUUUGUUUUUGAUUCAGAAGAUUGCGUGCUUGGGUCGUUGUCUGCUGUUGAUUAUCAAGCCCGAUAUGAGGCAACUAUGAUGAAGGAGAAAAGUUUGAGCCAAUUUUGCUACUUUGCGGUAGUAUUGAACGGUAUGAUAGUAGAGAAGAGGUACGAUGAAGGUGUCGAGUUGAUGUUGAACAAGUCCCACGAAGUUGUUGAAUCAUAUCCGCUUUUGUUCUACUCCAGUCAUUACUAUAUGGUAUCGGCUAUUAUAAUCACCUUUGCCUCAAAAGGAGAUCGAACUGUUGAAGAAAGGAAGACUGGUAUUUUCAAUGACAUAUAUCAUCGAGUGAAGUUGUGGGCAUCAACAAAUGAGCAUAAUUUUGGUAACCGCGUCAUUUUCCUACUGGCUUUGAAAGCUGUCAGAGACGGUAAUACGGACCACUUGGAGAUUCUCGACAUCUUUGAGGAUGCUAUUGACAAGGGUGCAAAAGCUCAGAAUUGGUAUGACGUGUCGUGGAUUAGUGUGUUUUGUGCCAGGUGGUUAGUCAACUGCAAUAAAAGUAAAAGAAGAAUUGGUCAAUUAGCCAAGCGCGCCAUUGAUAUAAUGAAGAAGUUGGAAUUUGACGAGUUUGUCAAACUAUUACUGGAAGAGUUUAAGAAAUACCUUGAGCAGGAUUGUGCAUUGUUUAGCUGGGCCGGUAUUGGCAAAAUGAAGCAGCGUGAAGAAGGAACAAGGCACGCAAAGAUAUUACCUUCCAAUCUUCCAAUCAGCACAGAUGAUAGUGUAAGCGAAGAUAUGAAGUCACAAAUGAAAUUGAACAGACAGUCGAGAAAAGCUAAGCAUAGAACAAAGAAGAACGAAAAUGCCAAUGCCGCGUAUGAUUUGAAUUCCACGAUACAAGCAUGUUUGGGGAUAUCCGAAGCCAGUGACGAACGAACUAUCUUGAUUGAGUUGUUAACAUGCGCUAUCAAAUUUGCUGAGGUUGAUUAUGGUGUGGUUGUGCAUAUGAGUGGAGAACCUAAAAUUAUAGGUGUUGGCUCGGCACAACACAUAUACACCUUAAAUGAAGAGCCAUUGAGCUCCAGGACUGAUGUUUGUCCUUAUCAAUUGUUGGUGCAUGUUUUGGAUACAGGAGAAGCCGUCAACAAGGAAGAUGACCAUAUUGCUUUUACAAAUCGUUUCGGCAAAGAUUCUUACUAUACACACAACUCUUGUUCCACGAUCUUGUGUAUCCCUUUGCAAAAUCAAUUUGGAGUUUUUGGUGCCUUGUAUUUGGAAGUCGAUUCGAGAAAAGAUAAAAAGAAGGCCAUCUUUGAUGGUCGGAAGCGUGAUUUGAUAAACUUGUUUUGUACUCAAGCAUCAGUGGCAAUGGGUAAAGCGAGGUUGAUUUCACAAAUGGAAGUUGCCAAAUUGGCGGCGGAGGAUGCCACAGCCGAAAAAGCAAGCUUUUUGGCCAACAUGUCCCAUGAAAUUAGAACGCCAUUCAAUUCGUUAUUGUCUUGCUCAAUAUUUUUAUUAGACACCACAUUGAACUCAACCCAGAGAGAAUAUGUUGAAGCCAUUAAAAGCUCGGCAAUGGUGACAUUGAAUAUAAUUGAUGGUAUAUUGGCAUUUUCAAAAAUUGAGCAUGGGUCAUUCACGUUGGAAAACUCGCCGUUUUCACUCAACGAUUGUAUUGAAAGUGCUAUACAAUUGGGAGGAGAACAAGUUGUUGACAAUGAUUUGGAGUUGGUGUUUUUCAACAAUUGUCCUCAGAUUAAUACAGUUACUGGUGAUGUCACUCGAGUAAGACAAAUUAUCAUCAACUUGGUUGGUAAUGCAAUGAAGUUUACCACUCAUGGCCAUAUAAUCGUCAAUUGCAAUGCUGCGGAAUUAACUCCAGAAAGAUACGAAGUUACACUUUCUGUGGAGGACACGGGAAUUGGUAUACCAGAGUUGUCGCAGAAUAAAGUAUUUGGGGCAUUUUCACAAGUGGAUGGAUCAUCUCGACGAGAGUUUGGUGGAUCGGGUUUAGGAUUGGCGAUAUCAAAGAAGUUGGCCGAUUUAAUGGGUGGUGAUAUUCGAUUUGAGAGUGAGGAAGGUGUUGGAAGUACUUUUUACUUUGAUGUUGCGUUUAAUGUGCUGUUGUUUGAUAAACCGGAGAUUGAAUUGCAAGGGAAAACGGCAUUAAUAUUGAAUAAAUUGGAUUUGACUGGGGCAUCGUUGAAGAAUAUGUUGACAUUUUUCAAAUUGGCAGUGGACGACGUACGUGAUGUUGAUGACAUUAAGGAUGGUGGGGUUUAUGACUUUUUGUUUGUAAAUUUGGAUGAAUACGAUGAGUUUAGUCGGUUGGAACCUCAAUUGAAACAAAGUGCCAAGAUUGUUAUUUUAGCACAAUUUGGUAAGCCAUUGACGGGGGAAAGCGCCAAAUACGAAGCAUUAUUGUGUCCCUUCCAACGCGAACGAGUAGUGAGAUUGCUUCGAGACGUUAAACCAGAAGUUAAACCCAGUGUGAUUACGCCAGUUCUGUUGGCCGAUGAAUACCCAUUGAGAAUUCUUCUUGCUGAAGAUAAUUUGUUAAACUACAAGGUUGCCUUAAAGUAUUUGGAGAAAUUGGGCUUUGAAGCCGACCACGCUAAAGAUGGAGUUGAAGUUUUAGAAAAGUGUAAUUCAUUAUUAGAAAAAGGUGAGAAAUACGAUGUCAUAUUGAUGGAUAUACAAAUGCCUACAAAAGAUGGUAUAUCUGCCACCAAAGAGUUGAUUGAAAAGUACACUAAAUUGAAUAAACAAAAUUACAUCCCCAAAAUUGUUGCAUUGACGGCGAAUGUUGCUGGUGAUGAUCGAAAAAAGUGCAUUGAAUGUGGUAUGGUUGAUUUUGUAUCAAAGCCAAUCUUGCCCAACGAAUUGAAGCGAGUAUUGACACAUUUGGGAAAAAUGGUGGGAGAGGAAAACAAGAAAGGCUAA